UUCUGUACAAGCUGGAACAGGUCAGUCUGUAUAAUAUCCCAAGCAUUUUGAUAGAAAAGCCCAUUGAAACCAUCAGGACCAGGCGCUUUCAAUGCUCCCAUUUGAAAAACUGCUUCUCGCACUUCCUCCAUUGUAGGUUUUGCCACUAAUGAUGCAUUGAUACUGUCAUUAAUAGGGGAUAGGCAUUGAUUUAGUAUUGGCUGAUAAUUUCUUUGCCCUGCUGUUCUGUAUAAGUUGCUGUAAAAAGUUUGAAUAUGGUUUCUAAUAGCUCCUGGAUCCCGACACCAUCGAUUAUCUUCCAGUUGCAGCAUUGUAAUGUGAUUUCUGUGUCUCCGUUGAACUGUUGUGGCAUGAAAAAAUUUUGUAUUUUUAUCUCCCCAUUGUAACCAUUUAAUUCGUGAUCUCAAUCCCCAAUACUGUUCCUCCUGCUUCCUCAGUAUGUCUAGCUGGUGUAUAAUGCUUUGUACUUCCUUUCUGCUUGUAUGUUCUUGUGACUGAUUUGUUAUGGCUGUUAAUGUUUGAGUGAGCUCCUUUAUCCUGCUGGGUGCAUAAGCAAACUUCUCCUUGCUCCACUGUAUGAGUUCUUUUGAGGUCGCUUGGAGUUUUUCUGAAAAUGUGGCCUGGGAAUAAGCUGUAUGGCUCCAGGGUAUAGCUUAAGGACAAGAGGACUGUGGUCCGAACCUAUUGCUGGAAGGGCAUGGACUUCCGCAUCAUGAAAGGGCUAGCCACCAGAGCCCAAUCUGUUCCUUCUGCAAGCAACUUCACUGGAGUCUCCAUCAUACUCGAGUCAUCUAUGAGAAUUGGAGAUGGUGCAGGGACUUCCAUAAUCUCCUGCUCCCUGGAAUUUUCUGCUCGCUUAUUGCUGCAAGCUUCUAGUCUCAUUUCUGGGCCUUUCUCUCGUGCUAUUAUAUCCUGCUCCCUAGCUGGAGAUGAUACUGCAGCCAGGGUCCAUAGGAGCCAAUUUUAUCAACUGCCCAAGGUGAUUCUGAGUAAGGAAUUUCUAGACAAUCUUGGGCAUAGUGGCCAAUUCUUCCACAAGAGUAGCAGUAAUGAGAUCAUGGUAAACUGGUUCGAUCCUCCAACCAGGGGGUAUACCUACAAGUCUUACCCAAAAAGCAGCUCUGGAAAAAUCAUAACAAUGUUCUGGAAUGUCAGGCUCACACUGUUUAAGGACGAGCAAAUUACUCGAGUAGGACCAUGGUGCAGAUUGCAUAAUUCUCUCCUUUUCCUCCUCUGAUUGAAAGACGAAGGUUUCCUCGUCAAGUCUCAGAAUCAAAUCACUCCAACAACAAAUGCUGCAUAUAUCCCAGUCGACAUUUCUUCUCUCCAUUAGACGAUGAGGAUGAACUCCUACCUUAAUCAAGCCCCAAGAGCGUGGAUUCCAUCUGACCCAGCCUCGACCAACACAAUUGUUCUCUCGAGUGAAGAGGAGGCCACUGCUCUCAGUGUAAUCUAGAUCGAAUGAGAAAUUUUUUGGGUUUUCCUUUUUGAAACAUCAUUGUAUGGGAAGGAACAGAGAAAAGCGAGAGUGAUUGUCGUGAUCAACUCUAGGGUUUUGGGGAAAAAACAGCACUACCAGAGGGUAGAGAGAAACUCGCAUAAAAC